UCGAUCGCCACCGAAGAGAAGAUCUUCCGCCAGACUAAGUGUUAUGCCUGGGGAAUCGCGGCUCCGACGAUGUUGAGCCGGAGGUUGUAUUUAUGCUUAUAUACUUACCCUAUCUCCUUCACCGAAUCCAAAGUUUUAUGGAGUUCGGUUUAAUGGUUUUUAAGUGAAAGACAGACUAACAAACACACAUACACACUUUAACUAGUAAGUGCGGUGAUUGCGCUUCAAAGGGGGGCCAAACGCUAUAUAUCAUUGGGGCUGAAACUAGCAGCUGUCAUUUUGAGUGGAGCAUUUGGUCCAGCGUACUUCUAUUAUUGCGUCAGUGCGGUCUAGCUUCAUUUAGUUAGUAGAGUCCAAAGAGAAUAUAUCCACAGAUCCAAUACGUUUUUAGUAGUCUGUGGUUUGUUGCUACGGCACCGCGUAGGUUUUGCAGUCCGCAAUAAAUUAAAAUUCACUAAAAUCCGUUUUUAAUAUUCGGGUCUAAUCUCUUAUGUUCAACAGUGUUUUAUCGGCAAUAUUCAAGUUAUUGUUCCUACAUGAUACAUACUUUUCGUAGUGUGUGAUGAAAAUUGUGAAUUGGUUUGAUUUGACACUGACAAGCAAGACAAGUAAAGUGAGGGUUUGUUUUCAACAGUGCUCAACUGCUUAGUUGAGUUGAGAUAGGACUGUCCUUCCUCACUUAAUUAUUUAUAGUGUAUGUAUAUUUCUCAAGGGUGUUGUGUUUAAUUUGACUUUUAAUAUUUGAAUUGCACACCAGUACAUGGUGUAAAAUAAUGUGAAUAUUACCAUGACAUCUCCCAGUGGUAUUGGUGCGCGGAUCGGCGUACAUACAGGUAUGGCGAGCCAGUUGUCGGCCACAAAUCAAGCGGACUUCGGCAUGGCGGUAGCCGUCCGGCCGCAAACUGCGCUUGUUUAUGACGUCCAUAUACCAGGCUGUAGCGACUCUUCUUCUGAAUCUCACUCCCCUGAAAUGCCUUCAACUAAAGCUAGUGACCGUGAGUCGCGCAUCAUUGCUGAAAAGCAACGUCGAAGCCAGUAUAAUGCCCAAAUUACUCAGAUUUCUGCCCUUUUGACUGAUAUAGUACAUUCACAGCGCAAAGUGGACAAAACUAGUGUAUUGAGACUUGCAGCUAAUAAGCUUCGCAAUGAACAUGUAUUUGGUGACUCAAUCACAUGUGGCCACAUUGAGACAUGGUCAUCUUCGUUUGUCAAGUAUUUUGAUCUGUUUGAUGGAAUUAUGUUAGCUGUGACAUGUAGAGGCCGAAUAUUCUUAGUCUCUCCAAAUGUUCAAGAAAAGUUGGGUUACUGUCACAUAGAUUUGUUAGGGCAAGAUCUUUACAAUUAUGUCCAUUAUGAAGACAAAGACAUUCUCAAUCAGCACAUUUAUCCACCAGAGCUUCGUAGCGGUUGCAGUAGAAGGCUUCUUGAAGAACAUCAUAAUUUCCAUAUCCGCAUAAUGAGAGCCAAUGCAAAGUCUGACCCUCCUAGGUAUGAACAAUGUCGAGUGGAUGGAGUUUUGAGACGAGCCGAUAGGGCUACAACAAAUGCUGUACAAGAUGAGCAAACAAUAAGGAGACAAAGAGUAAGACAUAAUCGCACAUUUUCUUCAAGUGGUAAUGACAUAGUUUUUAUUGGAAUGAUUCAUGUCCAAUCAAAUGCACUUCCAGCACGGAUAUUACCUCCAACAGCAUACACAGAGUACUGGACAAGGCACCUGAUAGAUGGCCGUAUUGUGCAGUGUGACCAGAGCAUUUCUCUAGCUGCUGGAUACAUGACAGAGGAAGUAACAGUUGUGUUGGCAGAUUCCGACGCCCUCCGAGCGGUGAAGUUGGACCCAGCUGUGUUAGAAGCUCAGCUUACGGUGCACACUAGAGAACCAGUGGAAGUUGCUAGCAGCAGCACCAGGUCAUCUCAAACUAAGGGUACCAAGGAUGUAACCCAGGAUAGCUUCGAGAUAAUGAUAAAGAAGCAAGAAUCUGCAUUGCUGUCCUUAACAUCCACUCAAUUCGACCUGCUGAUGAAGUUCACGGAGACGCUUCGCCAACAACGGCAUGCUAUUCAGAAACAAUUGGAAUGUGCAUUUUGUAAGAACAACGGGGAGCCUCUAACCUGGUACUCCGCACAUUCUCUAAAGGACAGUCGAGGCCGCGUGCGAUGCCCAGUACUGCGCGGGUACCGCUGUCCUCUAUGCGGGGUUUCGGGCGACUGGGCUCACACCAUCAAGUAUUGUCCAGAUAACAUCACAGGUCUGUCUUCAGAUCCAUGCAAAGUACAGAACUACGAGUGACCGUUUUAUAAGUUCACACAUUUGAAAAGAAAUAAAUUACUAUUCUUUUUAAA